AUGAACAGAGCAGGCUCCGGCUUCAUACACAAAGACAAAGUCUUCAAAACCAGAAUUAGGGAUGGAUCCUCUACACUACAAGCAGAGCUUUACGCCAUUAAAGCUGCCCUGACACAUGCCCUCCUUCUUCAGGAAAGUCAUGUUUAUAUUUUAACAGACUCCCUCGCAGCUCUACAAGUAUUACAGAAAGAGUCUGUAUCAGACAAUAUAGCCUUAACCACAGCCAUCCACUUCAAGAUCACACAGUUAAAAGAUCAAGAAAAGUCAGUAUCCUUCAUGUGGAUCCCAAGCCAUGUCGGUAUUAAAGGAAACGAAGCAGCAGACAAAGCAGCAAAGGACAGCCUACAACAACACCACCUCAAACUCAUUAAACCCAGUCUUAGUAACAUAAAAUCACGUGCCCGUGAAACAACAAAAGAAAUCUCCAAGAUACAACAUCAGGUCUGGGUCCAAGCAGGAUCACCAUCUGCAACAUGGUACAGCAUUGCUACUGAUUAUAUUCCUAUCACGAUCCCAAAAUCUAUGUCAAGACGCGAUGCUGUAAUCAUACACAGACUUAGACUCGGAUACAGAUGCAAUUGGGAAAUCCAAUUCCGUGUUCCAAAGGCUUGCUCACAUUGUCAUGAUAUAGUAGAAGAGCCGCUCAUUCACUACAUCUUGGAGUGCCCAGUGCUAAAUUCCAUAAGAUCACGUCACUUGCAAGACAUUCCACACAACCAAGAAGAGUUACUUCAGGUAGCUGCUCUCAGCUCUAAAACAUUUCUAGAAUCUGAAGAGAGGUUCAAGAUUAUCUCCAGAUUUCCUCCACCAAGAUAG